GGUUGAUCCUAUGGCGCCGGGUUUAGAUUAAGGGUUGCGUACAGGUCACGUACUAUAUGGGGUUAAGGAGUGCACGAAAGAUCUUCCAAGCAUUUGCGCUUUGACAUUGCGCGAUUUCACGGCGGGCGAAAUGAAGUAUGGUGAACCAUAACGUGCGUAUCACUUUUGCCGUUCGCAUAAGCGACGGCAUUGCCACCGGUAUAUGGGCGUCCAGCGUCCUGAGCACAUAUAUCAACGUGCUUGAAGGCGACAAUGAUCAGGCAAAUGAGAAAGUUGGGUACGCUCAGGCUAUCCAGGGGACAUUCCUUGCGGUUGCGGCCAUUCCAGCCGGCUGGCUAGCCAUCAAGUACCGUCGUGACUCCAUCCUCAAGGUGAUGGGACUGCUCGCAUUCGCCGCUAUUGCAACCACCUCCGCUGCGCUGCUGCUGCAUGGGCCGUACAAGUACGGGCUGCUGUGCUGCGGACUGGCGCUGUGGGGAGUGGCGCAGGCCAACGCCCCGGUCCUGGACGCCCUGUUUGCCGACUCCGUACCCACGGGCAACCGCUCCAGGCUCUACACCUGGCUGCACAUGAGCUACAUCGUGUCACAGGGUCUGGGUCCCGGCAUCGGUGCCGUCAUGUUCGCACUGAACGGCAACGUGUGGAAGCUGGAGGUGCUGCAGCGUGUGAUGCUGGUGGGCAUGCUGCUGGCGGCGGUGCCUGCGCUGCUGCUGCUGUGUCUGGAUGACGACCAGGCGCUGGGGGCGGAGAGCGAGGGGCUGCUGCGGACGGCGCUGCUGCAGGGGGAGGAGGCGGCGGCGCAGGAGGAUGAGGAGGCGAGGGGCUGCUGCGGUGGUGGUGGAGGAGGAGGAGCCUCCCCUCCGGAGGGCGACUACCGGCGACCCUUCCUGGACGGCUGGUCGUCAGAUGUGGAGUUUGAUUUCCGAAACCAGAUGAGCACGGGUUGCAGCCCCGCCCGGCCCGUCCUGCCCCUGCUGGCAGCCGCCGUGACACCCGAAGAAGACGCCCACCACCCCCAUCACCACCACCACCACCCGAGUAACGACAACAACAGCGGCUACGUACCACCGGCGCCGGUGUCCUCGUCAGCUGCUGCGGUGGCGCCGGGUGCCGCCGUCACAGCAUCCCCAACCGCUGCUGCUGCUGGUGCUGGUGCAGCUGCUCUCCAUGGCGCCACGGGUGCUGCUGCGAGUCCUGAUACUGCAGCAUCUGCUGCUGAUGCUGCCGCUUCCCCCGGUGGUCAAGGUGGCGAAGGUCUCCUCCUCGCCCCCAACAUCUCCAGCCAUGCGCUGCUCUUCUCCCCCAGUGUCUCGCCCACAACGGAAUGGUCGGGCCGUACCACACCCAGCGGCAUGUCGCCACCCACCGGCGCCAUGUCGGCGAUGGCUGCUGCGGCGGCGGCGCUGACGGCUGCUGCUGCUGCUGGUGCUGCUACGGCUGCAGGUAGUGACGACGGCAACAACAAUAACGGCCAUGGUGGCAACAGCGGCAGCAAUGUUGUGGGCGCGGCGGCUGCAAAGCUCUGGCAAAGCUCAAGCCUGCAGCAGCAGCAGACGCAUCAACAACAGGGUGAGCAACAACAGCAGCAGGCCACGUCAGCGGCAGCGACAGCAGCGGCAGCGGCAGCGCCCAGUUCCGACCCGGCGGCGGCAGCAGCACCGGCACUACCGGCAGCAGCGGCCUCCUCCUCCGCCCCUCCGGCGACGGCGCUUCAAGCACCCAGCGCAGGCGAUAACGCUGAUACCGACUCCCUCAGCCGUAACGUCAGCAUCGGCGGCGGGGAGGUGCCCGCCGUCGCGGCGACGGCUGGCUACGCAAUCGCGGCAUCGGUAGCGGCGGCGGCGGCGGCGACGCCGGCAGCUUCUCCUUCCAACCCUGCGGCGGUGGUGGCGGCUGACGGCAUGGGCGUGGCGGCGGAGGGCAGUGCCGGAAGCUUACGUGGCGGCGGCGGCGGCAGCGGCAGGGCGAGCGCCGGCGGCAGUGCUGGCGGUAGCGGUCACGGCAGCACUGGCGGCGGCGACGGGGGCGACAGCAGCCAGCCGCAAUCGGUGUCUGGUUCGCUGCCGUCGGAGUUGUCGUUUAGCAGCCUGCUGGCGCCUGGGAGCUUCAAGUCGGCCUACUCGCGCGCCUUCAGCCGCACAGCAUCCUCCAGCAGCACAGGCUCCGGACGCGGCGGCGGAGGCGCCGUCGGCAGCCUAGGCGCCGUCGCGGGCUGCCUGACGGUGGCGGCGACGUCGCCGCCACGUGGGCUGUUGCCGUACCCCGAGGAAGAUCCCGCGGCGGCGGCGGAUGCUGACGUCAGCGAGGGCCCUUCCGCUGCUUCCCUGGAGCCCCUGCCGGCGGAGGAGGACUCCCCGCCACGGCUGCAACCGCCCAUGGCGGCGCCGCCGUCGGUCGCCGUUACGUGCUGCGCGUACGGCAGCGGUAACAGCGACGGCGGAGGCGGAGGCUUGACGGGACUCCCCGCGCCGCCGGCGUUGCCGCCGUUGUGUCGUACCGGCAGCGGCAGACUUGCCGUACAUAUCCCUAACGGCUGCGGCGACGGCGGCGGUGCAAGCCCCGUGGCACAUGCACAUGCUGCGUCACGUGCGUGCAUGGCGGCGGCCGCCGGCAGUCCCGAAACACCCACGGGUAGCCGUCCCCUUGCGCAACGCUGCAGUACGGCGGCCCCACACCCGCAACAGCAGCAGCAGCAGCCGUCAGCAGGUGCCUGUGGCGCCGCCGCCACUGCUGCAGCAGUGUGGGUAACGCCAGGUCGAGGAGGGGGCGGUGGUGGCCCCGUUGACGACCCGCCGCCGCUGUUAUCGCCUGUCAACGGCGGCAGCAGCAGCGAUAUUUAUAGCCGACGCUUCCUGUGCCUGAACGCCGCCUGGAUCCCCGGUGUGCUGGCGCUCACGGACUGCGUGAUGGGGCUGGCGUCGGGCAUGACCAUCAAGUUCUUUCCCAUCUUCUUCAAGGAUGCGGUGCGGCUGCCCCCCACCUACGUGAACCUGAUGUACUGCGCCAUCCCGCUGUGCCUCUCCAGCGCCUCCUUCCUGGCGCAGCGGCAGUCGCGACUGCUGGGGCGGGUGCAGACCAUGGUUCUCAACCGGGGUGUCGGCAUCGGACUGCUGUGCUGGAUUGCCUUCAACCCGCAGCGCUGGACCGACCCGCGGGUCAUGGUCCCCGUCUACAUCGCGCGCACCAGCAUCAUGAACUCCAUCUACCCGCUGCAAAAGUCCAUCCUCAUGGACUUUGUUCCCAAGGAGCGCCGAGCCGCCUGGAACAGCCUGGAGUCCAUCACCGCGUUCGGAUGGAGCGGCAGUGCGGCGCUGGGCGGCUGGCUCAUCCACCGCUUCGGCUUCCAAGCCACCUUCCUUAUCACUGCGGCCAUGCAGUGCAUGGGCUGGGCUCUGUCCAUGCUACUGCUGCCCAUCGUUCCGCGGAGGGAGGCGGGGCUUCGCGUGCUGGUAGCCGGCAAGAAGACUGCGGUGUCGCCCGCAGCCCGCAGCAACGGCGGUGAUGACGUCAGCAGUGAGGGACGUCUUAGCCCGCCGCGGGGGCGUCAUGAUGUGGCAGGUGGUGGUACGGCAGGUUCGCCGUGUGGGAAGUACGGCAGUAACGGCCGCCAGAGUACCACAAGCGUACGACGUGUGAUUAGCGUCCGCUAGGGAGGGCGGGGUUGAACUUGCAGUGUUGCAGGUGAUGAUGUUUGGGGGUCAGCAAAUUGUUUUGAGGUCAGCAGAUUGUUUUGAGGUCAGCAGAUUGUUUUGAGGUCAGCAGAUUGUUUUGAGGUCAGCAGGUGUUUGGAGGUCAGCAGGGUGUUUGUUUUGGAUCCAACGGCGUAGCUUUGCGGUUACUUUGUGGCCUAUCGCUUGGGCUUGGCUUAUUUGGUGCUAAUAUCACAGUUAUUAGGUGCUAGGUGGUGUUUAGGUGUUAGGUAUGUGGGAGGCGCGAUGUGGCGUGCCUUCGUGUGGUGGGACAUGUGCAGCUGGCGUGGUUCAACGGUAUUCGAACUGUUUUAUGGUAAAGGCGCUAUGAAUAGCUUGCGGCGUUGGAGGCGGCUAGGAGGCAAGCUCACGGCGUUCAAGGGCGGCGGAGGAUGCGCUGGAAUCGCAGGCAUGUAGCUGGGAGUGAUGUGGCGUCGUACAGUCGUACACAUCACGCGGUGCUGAGGACCGGGGGUAAAGAGGAAGCAGCUAACUAUGACCGUGUGGUAAGGUGUCAUCAUGGUUUGCAACAGGACCGUGGGAGGUUACAGUGGAGUCGUGGAGGUGCAGUCUACUGUGUACUGCAGGCAGACGGCCUAAUGGGAGAACGUAUGACUCCCAUUAGCUAUGGCGUUAUCCCGAUGGCGUGCUUUGUAAGUAUGCUUCAGUUCUCAGAGAUGUGGUGCUAGGCUUGCGAGUGGCCAGGUAGACCGUGUAGCAGGUACGGUAGCUACGAAGCACCGGGGGCAUGGAGCAGCAGCAGCAUUUUAAGGGACUUUCGUUGGGUAGGGCCCUAUUAGCCUGUGAGGAGGUGUGGUGCCAAGUUUGCAACUACCAGAUUGGGCUACCGGUACAGGGUGUUGCUUAGCAAGGUCCUGCAUGGCUAGCGGUUCUUACCGUUAGAGCCUUGCACCUCUUCCUUGGGAAUCCUCACCUUGCCUUCCGGUCUGGGAUUACUGUAACCGUCAUUCAUUCCUUCUCCCACUGUGAUCUCCUACCGGUAUCGCCUUCAGUGCCUGACGAUUCUGAUAUGCUUAUGUGCUUCACAUGUAA